AUGUCCCGAUAUGCUGAAGCCCAUGCCAACCCUUCUGGCCCAGGAGACGAUCGUCCAACUGCGCUCCAGAUUGUCCAGGACGAAGGAGUCAAGGGCAAGCUGGCUGGCAAAGUCAUCGUCAUCACAGGCACUUCCUCUGGAAUUGGAAUCGAGACUGCUCGUGCCCUGUCCUUGACGGGAGCAAAGCUGUUAUUAACUGCAAGAAACCUGGAAAAAGCCAAGACUGCUCUGAACGGAAUCCUCGAGCCUGGGCGCGUUGAACUCGUUGAGAUGGACAAUACUUCCUUGGAAAGUGUGCGUGGCGCCGCGAAGAACAUUCUGGAGAAGUCGAACAAUCAGGUGAAUAUCCUGAUCAACAACGCUGGUAUCAUGGCUCUCCAGACGCUAGAGAAGACGAAAGACGGCUUCGAAAUGCAAUUUGGGGUUAAUCAUCUCGCCCACUUCCUGCUAUUCGAACUGCUCAAGCCAGCUCUCCUUGCUAGCGUCACGCCUGAGCUCUCAUCUCGAGUUGUCAACCUUUCUUCUUCGGCCCAUCACGUGGCCUCCAUCAAUGAAUCCGGGAACUACAAUUUUGAAAAGACUGACUAUAAGGAUUGGGUUGCUUAUGGGCAAGCAAAGACUGCAAACAUCUAUAUGACCAACGAGAUUGAGAGACGAUACGGAUCUCGAGGCCUUCACGCGACCGCCGUUCAUCCUGGUAUGAUCCAAACGGGACUUAUGCAGCACUUGGACACCGCGAUGCUCGAAGCCUUCAAGAACAACAAGGAGGCUUGGUUACAGAUGAAAUCGCCAGAGCAGGGCGCUGCAACCACGGUAUGGGCUGCUAUUGGAAAAGAAUGGGAGAACAAGGGCGGAGAGUAUCUUGCUGAGUGUGGGAAGACGACCCGUGGAAACGACAACCACGAGAUCUCGGGUGUGGGAUUCGCAGGUCAUGCUUACGAUCCCAAGAUCGAGGCGAGGCUCUGGGGGGAUUCUUUGGCAAUGAUUGGGCUCAAAGAUGAUCAGUAG